GAGUGAACCAGGAGAGUGACAAACUCCAAUGCAACUGCACGACAACUGUGGGUGGGGAAGGAGGGAGUGGGGAAGCAAUUUUUCAUGAACAGUUACCGAACUAUGACAAACGUGCGUGCGCUGCUUCGGCUUUGUAUAGCUAACUGCCUUCCCAAGCAUCUUUUAACUGCAGGCGGUUUUAUACUUUUCAGGAAUUCCGGCUGGAGGAGGAGAAGAAGAAAUGGGAGUGAUCAAAGUUUCUUCCUUCCUGAGAGCAGGAUCGGAGUUCCUCGAUCUAAUGGAGAGCCUCUUAAGCAAAUCAUCCCUCCGUUCCUACUUUGCCGAGCUCCUCUCGUCCUUCAUCUUCGUCUUUGCUGGCGUCGGCUCCACUAUGUCAUCCGCUAUGUUUACGGGUUCAGAGUCAGAGGCCACUUCGGCAGAGGCCCACCUACUCACGGUGGCAGUUGCCCAUGCUUUUGCAAUGUCCGCUGCAGUGUUCAUGUCGGAACAUAUCUCCGGUGGUCAUGUGAAUCCGGCUGUCUCGGUGGGAUUGGUUGUAGGAGGUCAAGUCAGCAUCUUAACCGCAUUGUGCUAUGUGGUUGCUCAGUUGCUCGGGUCCAGUCUAGCCUGUGCCCUCUUGAUGCUUGUUUCGGCAGGCCAGGCUAUCCCCGUAGGUAGGUUGGCCCCACGGAUACCACUUUCAGGUGGUGUGGUGAUGGAGGGUAUCACGACAUUUGCCAUAGUAUGCACCGUCUCCGCAGCCAGAGACCCACGAAAUGGGUCCCAAGGGAUCACAGGUCCGAUGGCAAUUGGUUUCAUACAGGGGGCGAACAUCAUAGUGACAAGCCCUUUUACUGGCGGGUACAUGAACCCAGCCCGGUCCUUUGGCCCCGCUGUGGUCUCGGGUGAUUUCAGGAACCACUGGGUAUAUUGGAUCGGGCCCUUCUUGGGAGGUGGGCUUGCAGGCUUCAUCUACCGAAGCUUCUUGGUUCAAGCCACUGGUAACCAGCGCACCAAUGCGAAUGUAGCAGUUUAGAUCCACUUCUUGUGCAGAUUUUGGUGUUUCUAUGGUUAGGAAAUGAAUGAGGAAUGCCAGUUGAAGGUGAUCGUGCUUGCCGGUUGUAUCAACAUCAUUUGAUUGAUUUAUUUGAGAAUGAACUCGUUCAAGCACAGGACAGCAGGUUUCUCCUGCUAAUGUGGGAAUGGUUACUUUAA